CGCUUCUUGCUCUUGUCCACCGGGGACCGUUUAUCCGAGCGGUCCACUUAGAGUCAUGCCGACCGACACGAAGCGAGUUCGCGGGCCUGAGGUGUCUCAGAACCCGUCCCUGUUCUGGUCCCGACCUGCCGAGGUUCUGUCCUCUCACGGACGCAGGGCGGACGGUCGGCAGCGGGACCAGGUGGACGUCCGGCCGGUGUUUGUCCGGUGCGGCCUGGUGAGUCAGGCUAAAGGUUCCGCUUACAUGGAGGCUGGGAACACCAAGGUGCUGUGCUGCGUUUACGGACCGCGGGAGACCGAGCGGAAGGAUGAGACCGACAUGAAGUCUGGAAGACUGACCACCGACAUGCGCUUCGCCCCGUUCUCCUGCCCGGAGCGCGGCUCAUGGAUCCAGGGCAGCCAGGACAAGGACUUCUCUCUGAUGCUGCAGGAGAGUCUGCAGCCGGCCGUCUGCCUGCACAGAUACCCGCGCUCUCAGAUAGAGGUCAACGUCAUGGUUCUGGAGAACAGCGGCUCGGUCCUGGCCCACGCCAUCACCUGUGCUUCCAUGGCACUGGCAGACGCCGGGAUUGAGAUGUACGGCCUUGUGCUGGGCUGUUCCCUCCGUCAGGACGGCGCCUCCUACGUGGUGGACCCCACAUACCCAGAGGAAAACAGCUGGAAGUCGGGCGGCGGGGAGAAGCGGGGCGGCUUGACGGUGGCCUUCCUGCCGAGUCUGAACCAGGUUUCUGGGCUGCAGUCAGACGGUGAGAUGUCGGAGGAGACUCUGACUGCAGGGAUUCGGACCUGCAUCGAGGGCUGCUAUAAACUAUAUCCUGUGGUCCAGCAGGCCCUAAUGAAGGCCGUUCGCCAGGCCGCUGCGCCACCGGCAGAGAGCUAAGACACCUGGGACCUUCUGUCUCUAAGAACAUUGUCUCUUAUCUGUCUUUGGUCCUUUUUUUUUUUUAAUAAAGGUUUUCUAAAUGUU